AUGCAAAACAAGUUGAGUUCAAGCUCCGCUGAGGAGAUCGCCAGUAGUAUAGACAUCGUGUGGGAGAUCCUUCUACGACUGCCGCUGAUAUCCCUUCUCCAACUCAAGUGCGUUUCGAAGCAGUGGUUGACACUCAUCUCUGAUCAAAAGUUCCGUGAGUCUCACUCUCUUCACCGCCACCAACACUACCCCACUUCUCUUAUUUUCUCGGAGUGUGGUCAAUCACACAUCCUCUCAUUCACUGCCACAGCUCAAACUCUCCGUGUUUUCAAUCUCGAUUUCCUCGACGAAUCCAAAGUCACCGUGAUUCGUUCCUGCAACGGUCUUCUCCUAUGUCGUUCCACAUCCGCGUACGUAAUCUCAUGCACCCCAAAAUGGAGCAAUGCUUCCGCCUACUUCAUCUGCAACCCGAUCACCGGAGACUUCACCACUUUCAACUUGCUCAGCCACCCAUGCUGGAACAAAAAAAUUGAACUCUAUCUUGUUUUUGACCCUUCCAUAUCACCUCAUUGUAAAGUUAUUUCAGUUGCACCCAGUGAGGAGUUGGAUUCACAGUUUGAUUGGGUCUUCAAUGUAUAUUCCUUCAAAACUAGUUCAUGGAUUCGCCCCGGGGUUUUUCUCUCAACCCCAUUUGAACUGGAUGCUGCUAAUGGGAUUUACUGCAACCGCGGUAUUCAUUGGUGCUGCACAGCUGAAUUCUCUGUGUAUUUUGAUGUUGAUACUCAGUGCGUCAAAAAUUACCCAAUGCCUUUGUCUGAUUUGGAAUGGGAGCGUCGAUCUAUCGCGUGUUUUGGAGAAUCCGGAGGGCGAUUGCAUUUGAUGCUUACUAUUUCUAUGCAAACUCAUAAGUAUGAUCUUUUUGAGAUGAAGGAAGAUUACUCUGGGUGGUCAUUGAGGCACUGUGUUGAACUUAAUCAAGUUGAAUUGCCAUUGACAUGGAACUUCUUUUACAUUGUUCGCACAGCAAAAGCAAAAGAAGAUAAAUCAAUGUUGGUGUUCAUUGUAGGUAGAGAAGCUGCCAUUUCCUAUGAUCCUGUAGAUCAAACUUCAAGAAAGUUAUGUGAGUUUGAGAAGGGUAUGAGAUAUACGAAUACAAAUACUAGUUUUGUCUUGGGUGGCAUUUUUCAGUAUUUUGAAAGCAAAGCUCUUGUAGAAACUUGUACUGAUGCAAUGCAUUAA